AUGCAAAAACUAAAGUGCUCUGAUUGCAUCAGAAAAUGACGUUUUUAAAAACUGCAGCCAGAAAUGCUAGAAACUCUCAGCGAUCAGGGAGCAUCAAUGGAAUGAAGUAGUUCAUGUUUCAGAUGUGAGACCCUUUAUGAGAGAGAAAGUACGUUUUUUCAGUUUCACCCAUCUUCCCUGUUACUGAAACUAGUUUGUUUUCUCUGAGCCUGAAACUUGAACUCAGUUUUUCUUUUCAAGGAUGUUAACUGACCUGAUAGUUACUAGAGCUGGGUGCAGAAAUAUGGAGAAACGUAAGAGCCAUAGAUUUGUAGAAGAUUUAGCAAGCCCCAAAUCUGACUAGCUUUAAAGAACAUUUCGAAGGAUCGAGUUGGUGGCAUUUAAGACUUUAUCUGGCUUCAGCACUCAUUGUAAAGACUACCACCCCGAAUCGUCACCGAGCAGUGUUCUCCAGAAAUGUUGCCUGUCCCACAGUUAUUCCAGCGUUUUGCGUCUAUCUUCGAUGUAAACCAGAAUCUGCAGUUCCCUCCUGCACAUUUCUACUUUUUUUCGAGCCAGUAUGUUACAUUGGUACAAAGAGCCUACUACAUCCACCUUGAGCAAUUGCAGGUUUAGUGUCGUUUCGUUUUGUUCACGUACUGAUAGAAACUAUAUAACAUAUUUAUCGCAUUCUUUCAAACAGGUUUUAGCUGUACAAAUUCUUCAUCACGUUAAUUGAAAAUGCAGUUUUCCACGUGGAUCUCUGUGAGAGUUAAAGGGGCGGAGAUAAAGUUUUGACUGGCUCGCACUACGCCACCUAUCCCAGAACGUGUUGUGUAUUUUACCAGACGAAGUCUGCUCGAAGACGCCCGCCAAGAGAUCCUGAGAAUCGGCCCGUGGAAGCGCCGAAAUUUAGCACAGUUCGGAGUCAAGUUCCCAAUUCUCCGCAAGUCUGGUGUUAGCUUAACUACUCGUCGAAAAUAAAUCCGACGAAGGGACGAAACGAAGCAUUUACAAGCAUUAUUACAAAAACGGAUAUCUGGAAUAUAACCUUCAGGGGCAUUAUUGCCGUUGACUGGAUUUCAAAGGUCAACAACUUUAUUGACUCGGGUGCAUUAAAUUAGAACACGAAGCAAGAAUUGGAGAAAAAUGGCUGCAAUGGAUAACGACGCUUCAUGAACUGUAAUUUUAUCUCGCAUUUGACUCGUUGCUUAACAUUAUGCUGAAGGUCUAGGCUCCGGCUUUGAAGAAUUAAUUUGGCUUUUAUGGCAGAGAGCUGAAGACUGUUCGCCCAGCGCUAAUAUCCAAGAAUUCCAGUGUACCCGCGUUGUCGUCACUUAAAUUUGGAAAAUGCCAAUCCUGAAACAGCUAGUGGCCAGCUCCAGCCAGUCUAAACGCCGCUCCCGUGUGGACUUGACUGCAGAUAUGAUCAGUGCACCCCUAGGAGAUUUCCGCCACACAAUGCACGUGGGUCGUGGAGGUGAUGUAUUUGGAGACACUUCGUUCCUUUCGAGCAAGGCUGGAGCUACAGCUUCUGCUCCUGCUGAAGCAACCCCUAAACCAGGUUUACUCUCUCGGAAGUUCAGAAGCAGCAGCAAGAGAUCUCAGUCAGUAACACGUGUUGAUAAGCAAGAUGUACUGACGCAAAGUGAUUCUGCUAUCUUUGUGAAAAAUGCAGUAUCUCUUCCUCAGCUAAAUGAAAAGUCUGAGGAACCUAGUAAUCAAUUGGCUAAGAGUCUUUCAUCAAGCCCUUUAAAGAAGCUUGCAGAUGAAAAUAUGGAAAAUAAACCCGUUAAUGGGGCUGCCAGGGUGGUUGAAAAUAAAUCCACAGAGUAUCAAGAUGAGAGAGAUUUUGGAGACAUCACAGACCUUCCUACUUCACUCUCCAGUGGUGGGUUUCCACUAAAACAUGCUGAAUCCAUCAUGUCCUUCCAUGUUGAUCUUGGUCCUUCGAUGCUUGGUGAUAUUUUAAGUGUUAUGGAGAAAGAUACCUGGGAAAGUAGUAAUCUUGGUUUGGGAGAUGCCAAGGAAGGUGAAAGUUUGCAUUCACAGAAGAUGACGACAGAAAAGUUUGUGGGAGAUCCCUCGAGGGCAACAACUGCUUUGGCAAGUACUGUUAAAAGUAUUGCAUAUAGCCCAGGUUCUGCAAAUUGUUUAUCACAAGGCACUGGCUCUGUGUCAAGUUUGGCAUCUGGGACAACUGAAGACAUGCAAUCAGUUUAUGAAGGAGUUAGCCAUGGAAAUACAGACUGCAUGAAAGAUAUAGAUGAAUCUACAGAUGGCCUCGGAGAGGAAGGGAAUGAAGGUGAGGAAUUUACCUUCAUGGAUGAAGAGGAUGAAAUCCGUGUGUAAAACUGCCCUUCAAAAUGAUUUGAGUUAAAGAGCAAGAUGAAUUUGCCUGAUCUAGCAUUUGUUGAAUUAAUGAAGCACGGCAGGAUUGCACUAGACUUCACACCACAGACUCUUCUUCCGGUAAUAGAAGCUGUAACCAAAAUUCUCCAAUGCACACAGACUAGCAGUGUCUGCAGAUACUCAUCAUGACUAGUUGCUUGUUUUGGUUUACACGAAUAAACUAUGUAAAAUGCACAUCCCAUACAGUGUAAGUAAUGUAUGUACUAUCUUUUGUAGAUCGUGCAUUACCAUUAUUGAUCUUGUAUUAUAAUUGUUGACUGUAGAUGGUGAGAUGAAAAAUGGCUUGCCUCAAAAUAUGUAAUUUGUCUACUUUUUGUUUCAGUGGUCUGCCUUGCCUUUAGAACCCUGGUUUAAGGUGCUCUCGCAUUUUCAAUUACCACCACCUUCCUUCCUCCCAGUCAUUCGUUUGGCAGUUUUAGAGCAGAUCUUUCUGUACGUGCACUCAAUCCCCUGCAUAGAGAUGGAUGCAUGUCACCAGCACAUGGGUGCCAGGUCCUGCAGAUUCUCCCUGUUGCCAAUUCGGACUAUUUUAAUUUCUCAUAGUAGAGUCCUUGAGCAUUAAUGCAUAUCGCAUACAGUUGUUCACUACAGAUUUCAAUCAUUGUAUGCAAUGCAUGUUCAAUUGUCUGUUCUAUUGAACAGCAGAUUCAACAUUAUCACCUGCUGUGCAAAACACAACCAGGUGGUGUUCAGAUUAAAUGUGUCCUUGAGACUUAUCAUCAAAAAUGUAAUGGUUGAUGACCAUUUUAGCCAAGUUAUUUAAAUGAAAAUGGAUCAACUUGUCAUUCAUUGAUUAAAAAUAUUCCUGUUAUACCUCCUGCAAUGUUUUAAUACUAAGCAUUCGUAUUGGUCAAGCAUCCAUUCCAUGAGUAUAUUUUACAAGUGCUUCAUUAACUGCAGCUUUUAUGUGACAUCCUGAGGUCAAUGAUGCUUUGUAAAUUAAUGGUUAUUUAUUCAUUAAUGAGGAGAACCCCCUUCUAAUGCAUUUCUAAGAUUAAUUUGAUUUCCUGUCAAUUGUUUUGUAGUGUACAAUUCUUCAAGUAUUUGAUACAUUGCUCUCUUUAAGUGCCACCUCUCACCAGGUAAAUUCUUAUGGCCGUGUUUUUCACUUCCACUGCGAUUUUAUAUCCAAGGAACAUAUUGGCCAGUUUCUGGAAUUGAGUGGGAGGAUUUUUUUACAUCUUUUGCCAGGACAUAAAUUUAAGUCAAGAGUUCACUUGUUUUAAAGGCAAGUUUACGAUUUAGGACAUUGGGCUUUUCUAUACUUCAACCAAAAUCUUUGAGAUGAAAAGCAAAGUAUUUGUGUGUGUGUGUGUAUAAUAUAACUGAUCAUACAUGGGAAACCUUUAAGUUGUGAACCUGAAUUAUUCCUUUGCAUUUUGCAGAUGAAUUUACAAGUAGAAAGUAUGGUAUAUUGUAGAUGCAAUUUUUAGUAUUAAUAUAUAAAUAGUCUCAUUAAAUGGUGAAUCUGGAUCCUAUAAAAUAUUUAGUAAUGCAGGCAUUGAAUUGAAUUUAGAUGUCUGACUUGGAACAAAAACUUUAAAUGCAAGGUAACAUAAUGAAAAUGCAGGUAUGUUAUUUUCCACUACCUAGAGUGGUUGCUGACAUCUAAACGAAUGACAUUGUGGCAAACUAUUUGUGUAGAAAGAAAAACACUAACCAGUAGUUCAGCACUGAUUUCAAUCAAUUUUCGUUUAAUUUUGCACUUUUUAGAACAUUUGGAGUUCAUUGAAAUGCCUUGCAGGAAUGAGCAUUUGGAAAUCUGGAUAUGUCACCAGCUACCCUAGUCCCAGCAAGAUCGAGAUAUGUAAUUUUAGAAUGGAACAAAAUAUAACAAGCAGUGCUUUUGUCUGUAAUAUGCAGGUGUCUACAUAAUAAGUACAAUUCAGGCAUCGAUUAUAUCUUCUGAGCUUGUUAUGAUAUAAUAGUUGCUUAUGUGGACUGUUGGAAGCAGUCCCCAAAAAUGCUUUAGGUACAUUGUUCUAACCUGUAGAGUCAAAAAAAGCAUGCGGAUAUGCAGGCUCUCAAAAAAUCUUCUCUGAUCCUUGUACAAGUUUGGCACCCAACCACUGUCGCUGCCAGUAGAUCGCUAGAUCAGCUAUACAAUGUGGUUUGGGCUGAUCUCGAGUAACCAAGGGCAAGCAUUCCAAUUGCAGUAGUUAAGACCCAUCUGACCAAAUUGGUCAAACAAUUCACUAGUUAAUGACAAGCACCAUGGAAUUUUGAAAUGUUAUUAACUUGGCAUUGCAUAGUUGGGAAUCCCACCCUUUGUUGUUCUUGUGAUAUCUUCCUGUUUGCAGUGGUGAAUUAAAUUAAUUCAUCUAUAGAUAACAUUAAUACCUUCCAUAUCUAAACUUCCUUGGCACUACAGUAAUGAAAAGUAGUUUACCUUAAUGCUCAUCAAAAUUGAUCUUUUAUCAUCCUGCAUUCUGAAAAGCGCCCCAAUGGAAUAUUAAUGUUGUCAUGUGUAACAUGCUAAAACAUUAAAGGUUCCUGAAGGUGGCAGCUUGAAGAGUGCCUUGUGCAUUUUACACUGCUUUCAUUAUAUUGCAGUUAAAAGCAAUCUGGGUUGAGAAUAGAUUUUUAUUCAGUGGCUAGGUGCGGUGGCGCACAAUACGCUGCUUUAAUCUUUUUUUAUCAUUUGAUUAUUUAUACCAUUUGAGCUGUGUUGGGUGAAGGCCUCUGAAUGUUGGGAUGUAAGAGGCAGGUUGAGAGAAAGCUGUGUAGCAGUGCAGUUGCGUUGAUGUUUGUAAACAAGUGUUUUUCUAGUCAUUUUGCCUGCUUUUGAAUGGUACAAUGUAAAAUUUUGAUCAGUGCUUUAUUUUGUUCACUCAGCCAUGUUAGACAAUGGUCAGUUUUAAGCUGGUAGCUGUGCCAACAGCUGGUGUGUUGCAUUAACUGCAUGCAAAAUAGGAAAUGUGAAGGUUAACAGUUUCUUUUGGGCAACUACCCAGAUAUUGACACUAAUUUGUUUCUUGACAAGAGUUGAGAUCAGAUUAUUUGAUUCGAUGCUCACUGUAUACAUUGUAAUUUAGCUUCCAUCUUAAAAUACAUUUCAUUUGUGUUUUUGAAAAUCUGUUUGCAUAAGCCAGAACGUUCUGUUCCAUUAUCCCAGCUGCAGAAAAUUCAAGCUAUUUAAUUUAAUGUCUUGUUUAAAAUAUAAUUUGUCCAACUUCAGAUGUGGCUUGUACAAUAUACAGUUUUUUGUAACCAAAUGAACCCAGCAAAAAAGUUUUUAUCCUGUACAUGUAUGUUUGUCUGAUUUUAAAAUUCUGUGCAAAUCUUUAACUGUAAAGUCAAAGGAAACUGCUGGCGAUCUGAAUUAUAAAAUGCUGGCAGUCCUCAGCAAGUAGUUCUGAUGGGGUUUGCUGUUUUGGUCAUGUACUGUUCAGAGCAUGCUAAUGCAUGGAUAAAGACUGCUUUUUUUACACUGUGUGUAGGGUGGCCUCACAGGUACAGCUGCUGAGAAACACAAUAGGGUUGGAUAGAAGAGACAUUGGAAUAUUUUUACGAUCAAUAACAUAGUUGGUUUGGGGAAAAUUGAGCAGAAAACAAAUUCAGAAAAUACAACAAAGAUUUUGCAUUGUUAACAAAUGGGGCCCAUAAUGUAAUGCACAAAUUAUUUGAAAGUUACCACUAAAGUGAUUUUGUAAAAAAAAAAUGCACAUGACCUAUUUUGCUAGUAAUAUUUUAAUCCAAUUGUGUGCCAAAUAUUUAAAGAAAACUUAAUUGCUAAGCAAAGCCGUAGUUAUGAAGUGCUCUCUUCUAUAUUCUGUCAAUCAUACUUAAAUACAGAGGUAUUACAUAGUAUGUGUGUACAUAUUGACUCUGUGUACGGUUUUCUAUGUAAAAUUGAAUGUAAAUAAACUGACAUUUUAAAGGUUUUAUUUUUGAAAUGCAUUGGUACUAAAACCCAAGUAGUACUAUCACUGACUUUAUGAAACACUAUCUAAUAUUUUAACAUGUUUUGCCACAUCAGUGUAGUAAUAUUCAAUAGUUUGAUUCAUCCAAUUAUUUUUAGUUAAUAAACUGCCAGCAUAUUGGUUUA